AUGCGAAUUAUGGAGCGGAAAAGUGCAGUCAGCUCUCGUGCUGAUCUAAUAGUGUUGUGCGCCAGCGUUUGGCUCUGCAAUUUGUGCGGGAGUGCCGUGGCGGAGUCGGUGUAUGUGCAGGAUUUGAAGGGUCUGUCGUGGACGCUUAGCAAUGGCACUUACACUAAUACGAAGGUAAAUUUACCGUCAGGUGUCUACAGCGCUGUCGCCGGUGAAGAUGUGCUCAAGUCUUACAAUGACGUUGACAUGCGCUACAUAUCUUAUGGCAAUUGGACCUAUUCUCUGAAAUUCGCUGAGGAAAUCAAAGACUCUCGUCUCAUUAAUCUCACCUUCCAUGGCAUUGACACGAUUUCGGAAAUUUAUUUCAAUGGUCAUUUAUUGGGCUACACCGACAACAUGUUCGUACGCUACACAUACGAAGUGGGUCACAUAUUGCGGGAUGUGAAUGAAUUGGUGGUGCGUCUGAUCUCGCCGGUGCAUGCGGCGCGUGUCAGAGCCGAAGAGUUGGCAGCGCGCAACAUGUCUGUGCCACCCACUUGCCCACCCGUUACCUAUAAAGGCGAAUGCCACAUGAAUAUGCUGCGUAAAAUGCAGUCCAGCUUCGCGUGGGAUUGGGGGCUGGCAGCGCCCUCAAUGGGUAUCUGGAAAACCGUAACGUUGGAGUUCUAUGAGGUGGCCCUGAUACGCGAUGUGGAUGUGGCAAUUAGUCGCAAUGACACGCACUGGAAUAUGCGUAUACGGGUCUUUAUCGACAGUGGCGGCAGGCGGAAUUUUUAUGCUGAGCUCAAAUUUUAUGCCAUUGAGCUUAUGGAGGAACCCAUUACAAUAAGUACUUAUUCGAAGAAAAUGUUAUCAUGGAGGAAUCCCGUUAUUACUUUCGAUCAAGCACUACCUAUUGAAAAUGUGACCCUGUGGUGGCCCAAUGGUUAUGGGGAGCAAAAAUUGUAUCCACUACAUUUUUCGAUGAAAGCCUGGCUUAGUUCAGAAGGUCCCGAUACACGUGCUCGUACUACAUCUACGAAGAACAUAAAAGUAGGUUUUCGAACGAUUGAGUUGGUCGAAGAUGCGGCCAAGGAAGGCAUUGGCAACUAUUUCUUAUUCAAAGUGAACGACGUGGAGAUCUUCAUGAAGGGCACCAAUUACAUACCCAUGCAUAUACUGCCCGAGCUGAGCUAUGAUGAAGUCCAAAUACGAUAUUUGCUGACAGCUGUCAGAGACGCGAAUAUGAAUAUGAUACGCAUUUGGGGUGGAGGCGUCUAUGAGAGCAACGAGUUCUACGAUAAAGCCGACAAAUUCGGCAUAUUGGUGUGGCAGGAUAUGAUGUUCGCGUGCGCUAUGUAUCCCGUUACAGAUGAAUUUCUUGCGUCAGUGCGCACGGAAGUCAUACAAAAUGCAAAACGCAUCGCUUAUCAUCCGAGUAUUGCAAUUAUUGCGACGAAUAAUGAAAACGAAGCGGCGCUCGUGGAUAACUGGUAUGGCACGGCCGGCGAUCGUGCGCGUUUCGAGUCCGAAUAUCGUGAGUUGUACAUUGGUACCGUCUUCCACGAGUUGAAGAUCAUACAGGAUAGCUCACGUCCGAAGCCGCUGAUUUCCUCGCCAUCGAAUGCCAAGGCGAGUGAACAAGAUAAUUAUAUUUCAAGCAAUCCCGGCGACCCGAACUACGGCGAUAUACACUUUUACACGAACUAUGAGGAUGCUUGGAAUCCAAAUGUCUUUCGACGUCCGCGCUUCGCUUCCGAGUAUGGAUUUCAGAGUUUGCCAAAGCUGACCUCCUGGCAGUUGACUAAAAACCCCAAUGAUAAUCUGCUCAACUUAAUACAUCAUCGUCAGCAUCAUCCCGCCAAUAUGACUUUGAUAACUACUUUGAUAAGACGCCAUUUGCCGCUGCCGUUACCCGAGGAUGAUACUUACAUUGAGGCCCUGAUCUAUCUCAGUCAAAUCGCGCAGGCGAUGGUGACGAAAAUAGAGACCGAAGUCUAUCGCAGUUUGAGAGACACUGAACAUCACACAAUGGGCGCACUCUAUUGGCAAUUAAAUGACGUUUGGGUGGCGCCUUCUUGGUCCAGCAUAGAUUUCUAUGGAAAUUUCAAGAUACUCCACUAUUGGGCGAAACACUUCAUGUCACCAAUUCAUAUUGUGUCACUUUACGACUCCGAUCAGGAAGUGGUAAAUGUGUCGUUAAUAUGUGAUAAGCUGGAAGUGGAUUACAAAGAUCUCCAAGUCACUAUGAAUAUCUACAAAUGGUCGGAUUUGUUUCCGAAAAAGCAAACUGUUUGGCCAGUCGCUUUGAAACCCAAUGGCGUGCAGUACGACAAGAUAAUUCCGAUUGAUACCAUUUUCCAAGAGGGUUUCACCCAGACCAACUCUUUUGUCGAAUUCGUUUUGAGCGCCGAAUCGAACGUACUAGCGCGCAAUUAUUAUUUUCCCAGCGCGAUUAAGGACGCUGAGGGCGUAGCGGAUCCUAAAGUAACAUUGAGAGUUUUCUUCACCUACUGCUACCGCGUGAACAAUGAAUUCGCAAAUGUUAUCAGCCUAAAUAUUACUAUUGCAAAGCCUGCCAUAUUUCUUUACCUCGAACUACUUAAUACCGAUAUCAAGCGACAUAAAUUAUCAAAUAACGGCUUUAUGAUGUUAGAGCCGACGCAGAUGGUGCACUUGGAGUUCUUUAGCAAUGAAUGUAUGGAUGUUAAAGAGCACGAUAUUAAGGUUACAACCGUGAACCAAUACAUGCUAUGAUGUGUGCUUGCGUGUGCACCGAUAUUUUAUGAUUUUCCAAUUUUUAUUACUUAAAUAUUUGUUUAACGCCAAAGAAAUAU